UAGUAAACAAACUUCGUUGUCAGAGAGAGAAGCAGUAAAAGGUCCUUUUAAAUACGGAACACUGACACAACAUAAACAACAACCCAUCUUUCUUCGUCUUUCGUUUCUCUUUCCUCCUUCAUCCCAAAUCCUCUAGGGAUUCAUGAUCGGUGCGAUUCACAGCUUGUAGAUCCGCGUCAAGAUUUUCGUUUUCUGGAAUAUUUUUUUGAACAAAAUUUUUUCAAACUAAUUUUUUUUUUGCUUAAAGGAAUUUUUUGCAGGUAGAUUUGCAGCCUGUGUGGUCGUUUUUUGUUCUUCUUCUAGAAGCCGUGGUCGCGGGUUGUUGAAUUUUGGUUGAUUUCGUUGAUAUUUGCAGUGGAAAUUUGAAAAGAUGGAACAUGAAAAAACUGAAUGUCAAGCUCCCCCUGAAGGUCCUAUAUUGUGCAUCAACAACUGUGGAUUUUUUGGAAGUGCAGCUACCAUGAACAUGUGCUCUAAGUGCCACAAAGACAUGAUGCUGAAACAGGAGCAAGCCCAGCUUGCAGCAUCAUCCCUUGGAAAUAUUAUGAAUGGGUCUACAAGCAACACUGAAAAAGAACCUGUUGUUACUGCCACCAGCGUGGAUAUCCCAGCCAUUUCUGUGGAACCUAAAACUGCCAGCGUGGAUAUCCCAGCCAUUUCCGUGGAACCUGAAACUAUCUCUAAGCCUUUUUUAUUUGGCUCAGGUUCAGAGGAGAGUGAUGAUCCAAAGCCGAAGGAUGGUCCGAAACGUUGCAGCAACUGCAAUAAGCGAGUUGGUUUGACAGGGUUUAAUUGUCGAUGUGGCAACCUUUUCUGUGCUGUACAUCGCUACUCAGACAAGCACGAUUGCCCGUUCGAUUACCGCACUUCUGCACGGGAUGCCAUAGCCAAAGCAAACCCGGUUGUCAAGGCUGAGAAGCUUGAUAAGAUCUGAGAAUUGGUAUUCAGAAGUUUUACAACCUUAGAUAUGUUAUGCUCAAUUUCAUCACGAAAUGACCCAAGUUUCCUGCCGAUCUUAUUGGUGUUCUGUUAUAUUAUAUUUGGUGGGGGUACUUGGUCUUGGUCAUAUGGAAAUAUCUGCAUUUUGGGACUUUAUUUUGAUUGGUGAAAAUAUGUAUCUUGGCCUUAGUGUUUAGGUUUUUAAAUAUGUACUGGUUUGGUGGAAUCUGGUGUUAGCUUUGUAUUGCAUCUUUUCCAUUUCAGAUUGGUAUGUGCAAUGCAAUUGACACAUAAUUUAAAGAGUCCAGCAUAUGCUUAGAUUGUAUUUAUUGUGGGUUUUCUAAUGAAUUUCUCUCGAUAAUAGUUUGUAAUCGAUGUGCUUUUGAUAUUAAUGUGGUUUUUCACUCCAA